AUGAAUAACGCAUCUACAAUAGUUCUCUUUUCCCUGUCUGGCUUUAGUGCGACAGUCAACUACAGGGGAACAUUUUUUUGCCUCUCUUUGCUAUGUUACUUUCUGAUUGUGGUGGUAAAUGUUUGUCUUAUCUUGACUAUACUGAUGGAUCAUAACCUACAUGAACCUAUGUACAUGUUUUUGUGUUCUUUGUGCUUCAAUGGACUUUAUGGAGCUGUUGGCUUUUACCCCAAAUUUGUCUAUGAUCUGCUUUGUGAUGUUCAGGUAAUAUCAUAUGUUGGAUGCCUUUUGCAGAUCUUUAUAAUAUAUUCCAACGUAAAAGUAGACUACUCCAUGCUGGUCCUAAUGUCCUAUGAUAGAUAUGUGGCUAUAUGUCGUCCUUUGGAGUACCACUCUAUGAUGUCUGUGCGAAGGUCUGCUGUGUUACUCAGUUUAUCUUGGCUUGUUCCUCUGUGCUGUGAGUCUCUUGUAAUAAGCCUAACAUCAAAGCUGACAUUAUGUGGCUCUAUCAUCCAGAAACUCUACUGUGAGAACUGGUCAGUUGUUAAACUUGCUUGCGGUUCAACAAAAGCAAACGAUGUAGUCGGACUAAUCGUCAUCGCUUUUUAUUUCUGUCAUGCUGUCUGCAUAGCCUGCUCAUAUGUGCUGCUGGUUAAAUCAGCUCUGAAAUCCAAGGAAGGCAGGAAGAAGUUUACACAGACGUGUCUGCCACAUCUGUUUUGUCUGCUUAAUGUCACUACUGCUCUGCUUUUUGAUGUCAUGUACUCGAGGUACGGAUCAGCAUCUAUGUCACAGAACUUAAAGAACUUCAUGGCUGUACAGUUUCUGGUUUUUCCACCGAUACUGAACCCUGUCAUUUAUGGACUGGUCUUGACAAAGAUUAGACACCGUAUGAUAUAUUUGUGUAAACUGGCUUUUCAAAGACUCAAACUAAAAAGCACAUUUUGA